AUUCGAAGCUGCAUGCCAUUAUUUGCUUAUUAAAUAAACUUGGUCGGCAUAGCUGGACAAACACGUGGAGUGUUAUUAUUGGUUGAUAAGUAGCAUUAUUCUUCCACCCUUGCAAAUUUUCCUCAACGGAAUUCAGUUGAGUUCACCAUCUUCUUUGUGUGUGUGUGUGUGUGUUGUGAGAGAUAGAUAUAAAGAGAGGAACCGUUACGUUUUUAUCUCUGUUGUAUCACUAUUUCUUUGAUCGUUGCAACGUGGUGAAGUGUUUGAUCGAUUCUCUUCGUGAAACUGCGAUGGUGAAUCCUUUGGUUGAACGUGCCACCAGCGACUUCCUCAUUGGUCCUGAUUGGGCUUUGAAUCUCGAGAUCUGUGAUGUACUCAAUCGUGAUCCCGGGCAAGCAAAGCAUAUUGUUAGAGGUUUAAAGAAGCGGAUUGGACACAGAAAUUCUAAAAUUCAAAUUCUUGCGCUAACUCUGCUGGAGACAGUCAUAAAGAAUUGCGGGGACAUUGUCCACAUGCAUGUUGCCGAGAGAGAGGUUCUUCAUGAGAUGGUGAAAAUAGUAAAGAAGAAGCCCGAUUAUCAUGUCCGAGAGAAGAUACUGGCUCUUAUUGAUACUUGGCAAGAAGCUUUUGGAGGUCCAAGGGCAAAAUAUCCACAGUAUUAUGCUGCCUACCAGGAACUGCUGCAUGCGGGGGCUCCGUUCCCUUCAAGAUCUGAGCAAUCUGCACCUGUAUUCACACCAGUACAAACACAACCAUUGGGAUCAUACCCUCAAAAUAUACGUGAUUCUGAUUCUCAGCAACCGGAAGCUGAGUCCUCAGUGGAGGCUGAGUUUCCAACCCUUAGUUUGACCGAAAUUCAGAAUGCACGUGGUAUUAUGGACGUUCUUGCAGAAAUGCUCACUGCUUUAGAGCCUAGUAGUAACAAAGAAGGCCUCCGGCAGGAAGUUAUUGUUGAUUUGGUGGAGCAAUGUCGCACAUACAAGCAAAGAGUGGUACACCUUGUUAAUUCAACUUCGGAUGAGUCACUUCUAUGCCAAGGACUAGCUCUUAAUGAUGAUCUGCAGCGUGUACUUUCCAAGCAUGAAUCCAUUUCUUCGGGAGCUGCUGUUCAAAAUCACAAGCAUGAAUCCAUUUCUUCAGGAGCUGCUGUUCAAAAUCACACUGAGAAACCAAAUCCUGAACCUAGUGGAGCACUUAUAGAUGUUGAUGGUCCUUUGAUUGAUACUGGAGAUACUAGUAAACAAACUGAUGCGAGAUCAUCUUCUAGUGCUGAAGCAGGGUCUCAAACAUUUAAUCAAUUGUUGCUUCCUGCACCCUCUACAUCAAAUGGUUCGGCUCCUCCAGUAAAAGUUGAUCCCAAAUGGGAUCUGCUCAGUGGUGAAGAGUAUAACUCACCAAAAGCAGAUAAUUCACUUGCUCUUGUUCCUGUAGAACAACAGCCUGCCAGUCCUGUGUCUCAACAGAAUGCCCUUGUUCCUUUUGAUUUGUUUUCUAAUGGAAACAUUGUACCCACUUCUGUUAAUACCCAGCUAAUAGCCCCCCAAUUUCAACAACAAACUAUCAUAUCUCAAGGUGUAUUUUACCCGAAUGGAAGUAUGCCUAAUGUGGGAUCACCUCGGUACGAGCAAUCAAUAUAUACUCAAAACACAGGUCCUGCCUGGAAUGGUCAGGUUGUGCAGCAGCAACAGCAACAGCCACCUUCACCCGUUUAUGGUGCACAAAGUGGUGGAUCAUUUCCCCCUCCUCCUUGGGAAAUUCAACCUGCAGACAAUGGUAGUCCAGUAGCCGGCAGUCAAUACCCGCAGCCACUGCAAGUCACGGUACAUGUACAAACUGCUGCCCUUCCUCAGGGACCUCAAGCAACCGGGUAUGACCAGGCUGCUGGAAUGUAUAUGCAGCCAAAUGCUAGCCAUUUCUCUUCAAUCAAUAACCAGGUUCAAAGUAACCAAUUUGGUUUGCAGCCUCCGUAUAUUCAGGGUGUUGCAGGUCCUUAUAUGGGCAUGGUUCCGCAUCAAAUGCAAAAUGGUCCCGUGGCUUCCAUGUAUCCUCAACAGAUGUAUGGUAACCAAUUUAUGGGAUAUGGCUAUGGUCAGCAACAGCAACAAGGGCCUCAAUAUAUCGAGCAGCAAAUGUAUGGUUUAUCUGUGAGAGAUGAUAAUGCUUCAAGAAAUCCUUACCAGGUUUCUGCUGCAUCUUAUGCGCCAUCCGGAAAGCCUUCCAAGCCUGAGGAUAAGUUAUUUGGAGAUCUUAUUGACUUUUCAAAAGUGAAACCAAAAUCCACUCCAGGCCCCAGCUGAUAGCCCUUAAAAAACUAAGAUUUGUUUUUUUGCCUUUUUCACUUGUUUGCCUACUCUUGCCAUUUUUUUUCAUUAUUCUUUACAUUUUACUUUCUUUAUAGUAAUAUAAUAUAUAUGUAUAUUUUUGUUUUGUUACUGUUCCA